AUGUUGAGAUAUGAAGAAUGUAAGAGUGAUGAACCAGUUAUUUAUAACCUAACACUAGAACAAUUAAAAUUAUCAAACAAAUUAAAAAAAUUAUGUGAUACAUUUAGAUUGAAUACAUAUAAAACAAUUUCGCAUUAUAAGGACGAUAUUGAACCAAUGGUAAAAACAUUACGAAUUUUAUCUAAAGAUACACCCAUUUACAUUUCAAGUGGUGAUAAAGGUCGAGCAGUUGUCAUUCUCGACAAAGCGGAUUUUAUUACGAAAAUAGAAUCAACUCUAAAUGAUACAAAGACGUUUAAAGAAAGAAAAAUUGAUCCAACAUCAAAAAAAGAAGAUAUACUACAAGAAAAAUUAUUGAAAUUGAACAAGUCGGGCUUUAUCAGUGAUGUCGAGUAUAGAUAUGCUCGUCCUGUUGGCUCGCAACCAGGCAAGGCUUAUGGAUUACCAAAAAUUCAUACAAAAGAUCUACCAUUAGGUCCUAUUAUUGACCUGUGA